UAUUACUGCUUCACUGGAGACACCAAGGUUCGCGUCAUCACUGGUGAAGAAAAACGACUCGAUGAGCUGAAGGUGAACGAUUGGGUUCAAACAUUGAAGGGUGCUGAGAUAAAAUACGCACCAGUGUCCUUCUGGCUUCACAGAGUACCAUCGCAAAAAGCAGAGUUUGUAAGACUAGAGCUAUCCGAUGGAACUGAACUAAAACUCACUGCGAAGCACUUCAUUUACAAAACCGAAUGCGAAGUGGAGGGAGGAAAACAGUCAACCGAUUUUUAA